ACCAAGAGCAGACUGACAGCUACAGGAAGGUGUUUCAUUUAUCCACGUAUGGAGCACUUUUUGACGGGUGAAUGAACAAGGGGUGUUUUGGGUAUACGACGUGAUCACGCAGUGUAAUGUUUGAGGUUAUAAGAGUGCCAUUUCGUCGUGGUGAACUAAACUUUGCUCCUCUUCAUUCACUGUUUGGCCGGCUAGCUUGCUAGCUUAGCCGAGCGAGGCUAGCAUUAGCAACAUCAGGACUCCAUCUUUGAAGUGACAGACGAACACACAGAGCAGCAGCAUGGUGGACAAAAAUAUCUACAUCGUCCAGGGUGAAAUAGGUACGGUUGUUGGAGCCAUCAAGAGGAACUCCAGAUGGAAUUCCCACACACCACUGGACGAAGAACAGGACCCAUUACUUAACAGCUUUGGCCACCUCAAAGAAAUACUCAACAACAUCAAAGAAUUAUCAGAUGUUGAACCCAAUAUUUUCCUGAGGCCCUUCCUAGAAGUGGUCCGCUCUGAAGACACAACUGGACCAAUAACAGGCCUUGCCCUUACCUCCGUCAACAAGUUCCUCUCCUAUGGCCUUAUAGAUGCUGACCAUGAAGCGGCAGCAGAGGCCAUUGAGAACAUGGCAGAUGCAGUCACACAUGCUCGAUUUGUGGGAACAGACCCUGCCAGCGAUGAAGUCGUGCUUAUGAAAAUUCUACAGGUCCUAAGGACUCUACUGCUGACGCCAGUCGGAGCCCAUCUGACCAACGAAUCUGUUUGUGAGAUCAUGCAGUCCUGCUUCAGGAUCUGCUUUGAGAUGCGCCUUAGUGAGCUCCUCAGGAAAUCUGCUGAACAUACACUUGUUGACAUGGUGCAGCUACUGUUCUCCAGACUACCACAGUUCAAAGAGGAGGCCAAGAGUUACGUGGGUGCCAACAUGAAGAAGUUAAAGAUGCGUGCUGGUGGGAUGAGUGAGUCAUCCAAAUGGAAAAAGCAGAAACGCUCACCAAGGCCACCUCGCCACAUGGUCAGAAGUUCUUCCGGUCAGAUGGACCCAGCGCAGUCCAGCACCCUCAGUAACAACAACAUUUCAGGUGGUGUCCCCUUUAUUGAGCCAGGCUUGUCCGCCUCUAGCCUGCCAGCUUCGGACAGUGCUGCUUCGUCCAUUUCCAGCCCUACAACCACAGACAGCGGCCUGGACACCUGUUCCAAGGCCACCUCCAGAGAAGACUUGUCUGACUUAGAAAACUGUAGCUCAUCUGUGACCACGCCUAGCGCUGCUUCUACACUAGCUGGAGUAGAGCUGGGCUCUCCAGAUGCACAGUCUGAAGGCAGGCCGGUUGGGACAGCUCACUCAGCCUCAGUGGAGUCCAUCCCAGAGGUUCUGGAGGACAAAGACUCCAUCACAGAGCAGUCAGACAGCGUGUCUGUCCACGACAUUGACUACGUCAACCCCAGAGGUGUCCGAUUCACACAGUCCACACAAAGAGACGGAGCUUCCAUCGUUCCUUAUGGCCUGCCAUGUCUAAGGGAACUUUUUCGCUUCCUGAUCUCCCUGACCAGCCCCCAUGACCGCCACAACACUGACGCCAUGAUGCACAUGGGCCUGCAGCUGCUGACCGUAGCACUUGAAUCAGGACACCUUGCUAAUUACCAGUCUUUACUGGGACUGGUGAAAGAUGAGCUCUGCAGACAUCUCUUCCAGUUGCUGAGUGUGGACCGUAUGAACCUGUAUGCUGCUUCCAUACGAGUUUGCUUCUUGCUUUUUGAAAGUAUGAGAUUACAUCUAAAGUUUCAGCUCGAGAUGUACCUGAAGAAACUGAUGGACAUCAUCACCUCAGAGAACAUUAAGAUGCCCUAUGAGAUGAAGGAGAUGGCUCUGGAGGCUCUGGUCCAGCUGUGGAGGAUCCCCAGCUUCGUCACUGAGCUCUACAUCAACUAUGACUGUGACUUUUACUGCUCCAAUAUGUUUGAGGAUCUCACCAAGCUGCUGUCCAAGAAUGCUUUUCCAGUGUCAGGACAGCUGUACACCACACACCUCCUUUCACUGGAGGCUCUGCUCACCGUCAUUGACAGCACUGAAGCCCACUGCCAGGCCAAGGUUGUCAACAACACAGCUCAACAGGACCAGUCAGAAAGCAUGCUGGCAGAAGGAGAAGGUUCAACCAAAAACGGAACAGACACUUCAAAUGAUCUUAAUAGAGUGAGCAGCACCAAUGGUCUUCCACCAUCUAAGACUGCAGCAGUGUGUCCACCGACCAGUGGACAUCUAAUGGCAGAGAAGAUGAGACUGGGAAGACAGGAUCAAGGAGACAAUGAAACUGCUGAGAAGAGAGCCCCGAAAAAGCCUCAUCGUUUUUCAUCAUGCUCACCCGAUUCCCAGGAAUUGCUGGACAUUAGAACAAAGAAAAAGCUGCUGAUCACAGGCACAGAGCAGUUUAACCAGAAGCCAAAGAAGGGGAUUCAGUUCCUGCAGGAGAAAGGCCUCCUCAAUGACCCUCUUGACAACAACCAGGUGGCCCAAUGGCUCAGAGAAAACCCCCGACUGGACAAAAAGAUGAUCGGGGAGUAUGUCAGCGAUCGCAAGAACAUGGAGCUCCUAGACAGCUUUGUAAACACAUUCACCUUCCAGGGGCUUCGUAUUGAUGAGGCCCUGCGGCUUUACCUGGAGGCCUUCAGACUUCCUGGAGAGGCUCCUGUCAUCCAGAGACUCCUGGAAACCUUCACAGACAACUGGCAUAAAGUGAACGGCUCUCCUUUCAUGACCAACGAUGCAGGGUUUGCCUUGGCCUACGCUGUGAUAAUGCUGAACACUGAUCAGCACAACCACAAUGUUCGCAAGCAGAACAUACCCAUGACCAUAGAGCAAUUCAAGAAAAAUCUGAAGGGAGUGAAUGGAAACAAAGACUUUGACCAGGACAUGUUGGAGGACAUCUACGUUGCUAUCAAGGGUGAUGAGAUUGUGAUGCCAGAUGAGCAGAGUGGGUUGGUGAAGGAGAACUACGUGUGGAGUGUGUUGCUACACCGUGGAGCUACAUCUGAGGGUGUUUUCCUUCGCCAGCCACCUGGCAGCUAUGACCAUGACCUGUUCACCAUGACCUGGGGUCCCACCAUCGCUGCCCUCUCUUAUGUCUUUGAUAAGAGUAUGGAUGACACCAUCCUCCAGAAGGCAAUCACUGGCUUCAGGAAAUGUGCAAUGAUAGCAGCUCACUAUGGCUUCAGUGAUGUUUUUGACAAUUUGAUCAUCUCCCUCUGCAAGUUUACCACUCUGAGCAGUGAGUCCGUAGAAAACCUCCCUACAGUAUUUGGCAGCAACGGUAAGGCACAGACAGCAGCCAAGACCGUGUUUGACCUCGCCCAUCGGCACGGCAACAUCCUGAGGGAGGGCUGGAAGAACAUCAUGGACUCAAUGCUGCAACUGUUUAGAGCCGAGCUGCUCCCCAAAGCCAUGGUCGAGGUUGAGGACUUUGUGGAACCAAAUGGAAAAAUUUCACUUCAAAGAGAGGAAACACCUUCAAAUCGCGGCGAGUCAGCCGUGCUGAGUUUUGUCAACUGGUUGACGUUGAGCGGAGCCGAGCAGUCAGGACUCAGAGGACCGUCCACAGAAAACCAGGAGGCCAAGCAGGCUGCCAUCCUUUGUAUAAAGCAAUGUGACCCAGAAAAGCUGAUCACAGAGAGUAAAUUCCUGCAGCUGGAGUCUCUUCAGGAGUUAAUGAAGGCUCUGAUAUCAGUCACCCCAGAUGAAGAGACGUAUGAUGAAGAGGAUGCUGCCUUCUGCUUGGAGAUGUUGCUGCGUAUCGUUCUGGAGAAUCGAGACCGUGUGUCAUGUGUGUGGCAGACGGUACGUGACCGUCUCUGUCACCUCUGUGUUCACGCACAUGAGAGCUGCUUCCUUGUAGAGAGGGCUGUGGUGGGGCUUCUACGACUCGCAAUCCGUCUGUUGAGACGGGAGGACAUAAGCUCUCAGGUUCUCCUCUCUUUGCGGCACCUGCUGAUGAUGAAGCCUCACGUCUUGUCCCGGGUCACCAGGGAGGUGGCGUUCGGCCUCCACGAGCUGCUGAAGACAAACGCAGCCAACAUCCACUGUACAGACGACUGGUACACGCUCUUCUCUCUGCUGGAGUGCAUCGGAGCGGGAGUGAAACCUCACGCCUCUUUUCAGCUCGCCUCCACCACCACUGACAACGAUACAGGCGCUCAGUCAGAUAGCGAGCUGCAGUCUCAUCAUCCAAGUGAAGCAGUUUUAGACCGUGGCUACACUUCUGACUCCGAGGUCUACACCGAUCACAGCAAGGCCAGGAUCCCUCGCUCCAUUACGGACGUGGAUGUAGCCAGCAGUGGAUGGCUCGUGGUUGGCAAAGAUGACCUGGAAACCAGUAAGAUCCCAACAGUGGGCUCUAAAGCUCAGCUGAACCACCCACUGGUAAACCAAUACAGUCUGACUCUGGGUCAGGACCUGGGCCAGCACGACACCAAGUCUCUCAUCAAGUGUGUGGAAACACUGUCUUUCAUCGUCCGUGAUGCCGCCCACGUCACGCCUGACAACUUUGAGCUGUGUGUUCGAGCCAUACGAGUGUUUGUGGAGGCCAGCCUCAACGGAGGUUAUCGCAACCACGACAAGAAAAAGAGCCACAAAUACGACUCCUCCAAGUCCCGGAUGAGGAGGAAGGCAGGGGGAAGGGAGAAAGAGGGUGCAGGCGGCACCAGACGAGGUGGCGGCCGGGUAUCCAGCCAGCGUCCAUCACGCUCCCAUAGCGACGAUGAAGAGGACGAGGGUGUCCCUGCCAGCUACCACACAGUGUCAUUACAGGUUAGUCAGGAUCUGUUAGACCUGAUGCACACACUACACACCCGGGCUGCCAGCAUCUACAGCUCUUGGGCAGAGGAGCAGCGCCAUCUAGAGGCUGCAGGAAAGAAGAUCGAGGCCGACUCCCAGACCCUGUGGACCAGCUGCUGGUGCCCGCUUCUGCAAGGCAUUGCUUGGCUGUGCUGUGAUGCCAGACGACAAGUUCGUAUGCAGGCCCUAACCUACCUCCAGAGGGCGCUGCUGGUCCACGAUCUGCAGACACUUGACGCAACCGAGUGGGAAUCGUGCUUCAACAAGGUGCUUUUCCCUCUGUUGACUAAGCUGCUAGACAACAUCAGCCCAGCAGAUGUGGGCGGUAUGGAGGAGACCAGAAUGAGAGCCUGCACACUCCUGUCAAAGGUUUUCCUCCAGCACCUCUCUCCUCUGCUGUCUCUACCCACCUUCGCUGCCCUCUGGCUUACCAUUCUGGAUUUCAUGGACAAGUACAUGCACGCAGGAUCCAGUGACCUACUGUUGGAGGCAAUCCCAGAGUCUCUGAAGAACAUGCUGCUGGUGAUGGACACUGCAGGGAUCUUCCACAGCGCCGACUCCAGGACGGGAUAUUCAGACCUCUGGGAAAUAACGUGGGAACGAAUCGUCUGCUUCCUGCCUCACCUGAGGGAGGAGCUCUUCAAACAGACAGUCAUACCAGAACCCAGUCCUCCAGCUGAGCCCGUACAGCCUACAACCCCAGCAGGCCGGCCUCCAUCCCCUCAGGUGUCACAACCACCUGCACAGCCACCCUCUCCAGUCCCAGUAGCCCCUGCAGAGACAAAGACCCCCAGCAGGCCAGCGUCCCCACAGGAGCCCCAAUCAGCCAGUGCCAACGCAUCAGACCGAUCGUCUCCAGUCCCUCCCUCAGUGUCCCCCAUGCCGGUGCCGUUAACAACGUCCCCUGCCCAAGUUUCUUCGCCCCUGAGCCAAUCCCCCCUCAUCCUGCAGCCACUCGCCUCUCCACUGCAGGUGGGAGUCCCGCCCAUGUCCCUGCCAAUCAUUCUGAACCCCGCCCUCAUUGAGGCCACGUCCCCUGUACCGCUUCUGUCAGGUCCCCGACCUACAAGUCCGUCUGACGAGGUCAAGUAAGAGAAAUACCCCCAACCACCUCCACCACUCUGUUUUCUUUGCAGACCUCCACCCCUCUGAACAACUGGACCCAUCAGACUUCAGCUUCACAAGCUGCUCGUGAAAACUGUGAUUAAUGAACGAGAAGAUUAUUAAGAUGUGACACCUCAGUUAUACCACAUUUGAAGAAAAAAAUCCCACUUCACAUUUGAGAUUUAUAAAAAAGAAAAACAGGCAAUCAGUGGUGCACCUUUUGGUUAACUUUAUUUAAUUUUACUGCAGACAGUGUGACACAAUGUCCAGAUAUUAAGAAAAUGCAUAACAAAAACCCCACCAGGAAAUGUUCAACGUUAUUACUGUAAGUAAAAAGUUCUAUCUGCAGCCGGGGUUGUAACUCUUAUGGGAGAAACGUAGUGUUGUGGCAGUCAGCAAAGAAAUGAUUUUGUGAAUGUUUUACUUUCCAGUUUCUGUGUUUUUAGACUCAUUACAUUAUAUAUAAAUAUAUAUAUUUUAGACAACAACAAAAAAAGAAAAUAACUUCAGAUCAGUGAGCAGGGCUUUAGAGGAUAAGACCAGUGUCAAUUUGUUAUUGUAUUAAAAUCUCAUACUUAAGACUUCUGAACGUACCUUAUAGAGAAGAGUGGGGUUGACCUGGAUUUAGCACGGUCACUCCCGUGUUUCCUCAUUCAGUCGUGAAGGAUACACUUACCACCUGAAUGGCAGCACAACCCCCCAUCAUCACCAUCCUUUAGAUUUCAACUUGAUAAGCCCAGGCUGACCUCCUGAACUACUUCUCACACCGGCGUUUUCAUUUAUGUGGAGAUAACAGGCAGGGGCACAAAAGUUGGUUAUCUGGAUAUAAGAUACUGCAUGUUAUUGAUUCAAAAGUCCGAUGCCCCAGAUGUUCUAAAACAGACCUGAUAGAAUCAACCAUGACUAAGGAAACAGUGUGAGUCAAACUGUAAGAAAAACGUUAAACCCCCUCACCCACAGAUAUAUAAAGCUUUGAUUUUCAGACACCUUGUGGUUCCCUCUUCCACUAAAAGGCAAAAGGGGAUUGUGUGCACAUGAAGCCUGUUUCAAACACCCCACGGAUACAUCACGUCUACAACAUUCCUACAUGUAGAUAAUUGAGCGAGCCCGGCCCCCCUGUACAGAGAAGAGUUAGAGAUCCAAAUAGGGACGUUUAUUCUUUAUUAUAACAAAUAUGUGAUGUCAUUUUAUGUUUGUGCUGAUCAGUGCGUACAUCAGUCCACGCGUGAUUAAUCCCCAGAGCCUGAGGCGCUCUCUAUGUAACUGAUAACUUCUAGCUCAUCAUAUCACAAGGAAACCUACGGAAGCUGCAGUGGGAUUAAGAGAACACCUGACUGUUGAUGUUGAAUAAUUAAUAAUUAUGUCAUGUUUGAAUUGAUCAAUGAAUUUAUAACAUAAUGCUUUUUUUUUUUUUUUUACUUUGAAACCAUCCCUCUCUCCUCCUGUAGCAUGAAUACUUCAGCGUUUCAUUUUAGACGGUGUGUUAUUUCAGAACUUGUUUUAAAUGCAUCAAUUUAUCCCGCCGGACGUACAGAGAACAGCACGCGCAAAUCUCAGCAGAACAAAUAAACUUGAAUAUUUGGGUCUCAAUGGAUACUCAUGUACUGAUGUACCAGAUGUGCAUAAAGUCUGUAGGCAAUGGAAAAGUGUUGGCAUCAAAAGUGUUCUAGUUUUGUUUUUAGGCAAAAUAACCAAUCACGUUCGUAGCAUUCAGAGAAAACCUUCUGUGUGGAGAGCAACUGGGCAAAAUGUUCAAACCAAAAUACGAUUCAAAGAUAAAAUGUGAUGCAUUAUAUUGAUUAAACCACCGAGCUCUGAGGUGACAAUAGCUCCAUCUGAACCUUUUGAAAACAUCACCUAUCAUCUGGCAGCAGUUUCACCUUUCUUGUUGAUAGGAAGUAGCCUAAAUGUUGUCUUGAACGCUAUAAAAACUAGCGUUGGCCUCAAGUCAGGCUGUGAACCAUGGCAGCACACACAAAUAAAAGUCUUGCCUUCUUGUGUUUAUAAUCUGGAAACCCAUCGCCUACACCACAAGCCUGGAAGUGUUUGAAUGAACAUCACUAAAUUUGAAGGCGCAUACAUGAGAAAGAAGCUCAAAUAUUAUAAAAGUUGAUUUGGCACGACUUUAAAGACACAUAUAUAUUCAGAUGGUUUUAAGAAAUACGUCUUUGCUAUGAAUUCAGAGGUGUUUAGAAUACUUACUUACAGUUACACUUCACAGUCAGGUAUUACGCUACUAGAGUUUGUUUCCAUAGAAACCUGCUGACAUUCUUGCAUGCUGACUGUGCCUUGUGUACAACGACAUGAACCUGACAAACUGAUGAAGACUAAUUCACCGUUUUAAUGCCAAAUAUGUGACCUGGAGUGACCCGUACAUGUGCACAGAUGGCAAAGCAUCCAUUCAAAGUGGCCCUGAGAUCGUCUCAGUGAUGUUUAAUGUUAUUUAUUGAGUUUCAGAAAGCAGAGAUGGAUGAUUCUGCCGCAGUCUAAUAUACAUACUGUAGAUACAGUGUGUGUGUGUGUGUGUGCGUGUGUGUGUGUCAGUCAGGUAACACUACAGCCUUAUAGAGCCACCAACAUGAGACAGUCAGUGAGCUGUGUGUUUUUUGUUGUAUGGGACUCUUUCAUAUAUAUAUCAGGAGUUGAUUCUUGCUCGAACAGGAAAUGACAUGAAUAUAAUGUGUAUAUAUAAAUGCAAGGUAAAAUACUUUUUACUAUGUAAUAAAUAUAAUGUAAAGAAUG